CCCGCCAAUUUUCAGUCGCCCCUGUAAAUCCAAAUUUUUUAUGGACUGACCGAAGGAGUUGAAAUGUCACAGUGUCAAAUAGGUAAAUCACACAGUGCAGCGAUUCCCUCAAGCUUCUUAAAUUUAUAAGUCAUUUAUUUAACAUGAAGGUAAUAUUUUACUGUGAAGAAUUUCAAGUGAGCACUGAUAUUCUUCUUGAAUACCUAGAGGUAGCAUUUCACGGAAUCCUAUAUCACAGAAAAAUUUAUCCGGCUGAGAUUUUCAGUAGAAAAAAAAUUUACGGGGUUGGAAUAUGGGUAUCUGACCACCCCGAAGUAAAUGAGUAUUUGAAGAAUAUUCUCGAGGCUAUCAGAGAGGCUCUCACAGCAGACAUCACCAGUAUCAAACGCCUGAAUUUCGUACUUGUCGACAGCGAAGACAUACUCAUGGAAAAAUAUGUUUUCGAUUUAGUGAAAAUACAGAUUGACACACCUGAAAUCGAUCCAUACUUUCUAAGGACAGAAGAAUCCUUGAGGACAGUCUGCCUGAAACUCUCAAUGAUGGAAUCGUACCUGAAACCUCUUCCCGAAAACUGUCAAUUUUUUAUUGAACUAGAAAGCCAUGAGGCAGCCCUUGUAGGCCUUUCGGAGAACCCAAAGUGCGAGGAUUUUCCCUGGAUCGUGAGAAAUGAUGAUUGGAAUGAAACUUCGGGGAAAACUUCACUUUUACCCAUCUACACGGUGAAAACCGAGCAUUUGGGAGUACAAUUAUUUGUCAUUGGUGAGACGAAAAAUUGA